UUCUGAUGUGUACCCCCCCAUCAGUUGUGAAUUUAUUCUGAUGUGUACCCCCCAUCAGUUGUGAUGUUAUUCUGAUGUGUACCCCCCCAUCAGUUGUGAAGCUAUUCUGAUUUGUAACCCCCCCCCAUCAGUUAUGACAUCAUCUUCUCCAACUGGCUGCUGAUGUAUCUGAGUGACGAGGAGCUGAGGUCACUAACAGAGAAGAUGCUGGGAUGGCUCCGCCCCGGAGGAUACCUGUUUUUCAGGGAGUCCUGCAACCACCAAUCAGGUGACUGUAAGAGGACAUUUAACCCCACCCACUACAGAUCGUCGGCCAACUACAGUCACCUGAUGACAACAACACUGUGGGAGGAGUCAGAGGGGGCGGAGAAGCAGGUGUUUGGCUUUGACAUCGUGCUCAAUAAAAUCGUGCAGACAUACAUCAAGAUGAAGAACAACCAGAACCAGGUGUGUUGGUUGUUGGAGAAGGUGGGUCGGGACACCUCCUGUCAAGAGGGCUUCAGAACCUUCCAGCAGUUCCUCGACAACCAGCAGUACACACGCAACGGCAUCCUGCGUUACGAGAAGAUGUUUGGGGCAGGAUACGUCAGCACUGGCGGACCCAGCACUACCAAGGAGUUUGUGGACCUGCUGAACUUGAAGCCUGGGAUGAAGGUGCUGGAUGUGGGGUGUGGCAUCGGUGGCGGAAACUUCUACAUGGCAAAGGCCUUCGGCGUGGAGGUGUUGGGCCUGGACCUGUCAGCCAACAUGGUGGAUAUCGCCAUAGAGAGGGCCAUGGAGGAGAAGCUUCCAUCGGUCCAUUUCGAGGUGGCUGACGCCACUAAGAGAGAGUUCCCAGAAGGGUCGUUUGAUGUUGUCUACAGUCGAGACACCAUCCUGCACAUCGACGACAAAUUGGCACUGUUCAAACGCUUCCAUUCGUGGCUGAAGCCCGGUGGCCAGGUCCUGAUCACUGACUACUGCUGUGGAGAGAAGCCCUGGACUCCUCAGUUCCACGGGUAUGUCAAACAGAGAGGUUACAUUCUCUACACCCCACCACAGUACGGCAAGUUCCUACAGCAGGCAGGUUUCUCUAACGUACGUGCCGAGGACAGGACAGCUCAGUUCAUGCAGGUGAUCCAGACAGAGCUGGAGAGAGCAGCAGCCAUGAAAGACGAGUUCAUUAAGUUGUAAUAGUGGUGUUUUCUUUAACGAGUCGGACACGAAGGAUUUACUUCAGAUACCGGACAAGGCCCAAAUCCCUGUUAUUCUCAUGAAGAGGAGACGGAGAUAUCGGGGAUGUAGGUCGGGAUACAUUGUAAGAAUCCGACGGCGAGUGAGUAACCCGCCUCUACCUUCCGUACUAUUAGCCAACGUGCAAUCAUUGGAUAAUAAACGGGAUGAGCUCCGAUCAAGACUAUCCUACCAACAGGACAUUAAAAACAGUAAUAUCUUAUGUUUCACUGAGUCAUGGCUGAAUGACGAAAUUGAUAAAUUACAGCUGGCUGGCUUCUCCGUGCAUCGGCUGGACAGAACAGCUACGUCUGGUAAGACAAGGGGUGGCGGUCUGUGUCUAUUUGUCAAUAACAGCUGGUGCACAAAAUCGAAUAUUAAGGAAGUCUUGAGGUUUUGCACGACCUGAGGUAGAGUACCUCAUGAUAAGCUGUAGACCACACUAUUUACCAACAGAGUUUUCAUCUAUAUUUUUCGUAGUUGUCUGUUUACCACCACAAACCGAUGCUGACAAUAAUAAAGCAUUUAAAGGCUGACAUUUUGUUGAUUUUAAUACUACGGACAAAUUUGUAACUCCACCCAUAGCAUGGAUUAUUAUAACCUAAUGCUUUUACUGUUUUGACCAAGUUAAUCUGCUCAUGUUGUGUGUGUUCAAUUAUUUUUUACAUUGUGGUAACAAUGAACAACAUUGCUAACUCAAUAUCACAGACCAGAUUUGCCCCAAAAGAAAAAUGCAUCAGGUAUUAUGUGCAUUGUUUGAUUUUGAGCGAAUUCAAUAAUAUAUUUGUACCACUUUAGAUGCUGUGUUUUAUUUACAGUGGUGAUGAUGUAAUGCUGAUGUUGAUUGACAGCUGGAGGCAUUUAGAAAACAUGUUUUCAAAACACUUGUUUUUUCACAAGUGUAGCAGGUUGUGAACUCUGCAGACAAUGUUUCCAUGAUGGACUAUUAGCAGGACAAUAGACUCUUCAUACCUCCAUUUAUUUAGAAAAUGGUCGUUUAAUAGCCCGGCUACUGUAGGUGUGAAAAUCCCCCCAACUUGCUAUGUAUUCGAUGUUUAAUUACUCUAAAGUCUUACAUUUCUAACUCAAAACCUCACGCAACCGCAAAAUGUCGGAUAAAGGAUAUACGGUACAGUUUUUGUCAACAUCUUAAUGCUUUCGUUAAUAAAAUAAAGAUAAAAGAAGACUUUUAAAAUGCAGAUGUUUAUUUCUAUUAGUGUACA